AGAGAGAGACUGAAGAGAGAGAGAGAGGUUGAUGAUGGGCAACCACAGGUUUAGGUUAUCAGAUAUGAUACCAAAUGCCUGGUUUUACAAGCUGAGGGAGAUGGGGAGAAACAGAAACCACAACACAAACAAAAAACAUACUCCCACAUCACCCAAACCAAACCAACCCCACCUUUCUCACCAAAGAAAGUCCUAUUACUACACAAGGGAACUCACCACACCACCGAGUAAUCUUCACACAACAUUACACCACAACAAUUCACCUACAAACCCAAAACCCUGUGACACCCAUUUCAAUGACCCACCAAGAAAAACAUCCGACAAGAGAAAUAGUAGUAGCACCAGGAGGAACAGAUCCUCCACCAAGCCAUCUCCUAGGCUUGUCACCUCCUCUGUUUCAACCAGUUGCACCUGCCAAGCCAGCCUCGACGACUCCGUCUGGACUCAGCCCGAUUCGACACCCGAGGACUACCCCAAUACUCCCCUUGAAAGCUCCCCUGACCUUGAUUCAGUCUUGCCUGAUUUUGAUAGCAUGGUCUCAUGGUCCACCUCUGGUACCCAAUGCAGAACAAACAACAAUGUCAAUAUCACAAGAAAAUCUGAUGGGUUCCGAACAAUUUCUGGUCUUGCACUCCCUCCAAUCAUAACCAAGAACCCGGCUAAAUUUAACAAUGCCAUACAGGAAAUGAAGGAGAGAGAGCCCAAUGAAGUCAAUGAUAGAAAUGCUAAUGACUCUGUCUCUGUCAAGCUUGUGAAGGAACAGAGGACCAGCCCAGUUAGGAGACUCUCAGUGAAUCCACCAGGAGUCAGGCUUCGUACUAAUUCUCCCAGAAUAGCGAACCUGAAGGCUCAGGGCCGUGGCCAUGGCCGGAGGAGUGUGUCAUCUUGUUCGAGCUCCAGCUCGAGCUCACGGAGGAGCCUUUCACAGAGCUUUGCGGUGGUGAAGUCGUCGAGUGACCCUCAAAAAGAUUUCAGGGAAUCAAUGGUGGAGAUGAUCCUGGAGAACAACAUUAGGGCACCAAAAGACUUGGAAGAGCUUCUUGCAUGCUAUCUCUCACUGAAUUCUGAUAAAUAUCAUGACCUCAUCAUCAAGGUGUUCAGGCAAAUCUGGUUUGAUUUCAGUGACACCCAAUUCAAGUAGUCUCUUCAAGAACUAUGUUUAUGUACCUUUGUUUUGUAUCAUUUUCAUGAUUACAAAGUUCUGUAAAAAGUUUCUAGUUUCUCUUACAGUACUAGUUGAGAUUAGUCUCUUAGUAUUUGUAAUAGUUUCAGUUUCCUGAGAUCAAAAUGGAGUUACUUGUUGAUUCCCAAA